AUUUAAGGCGCCUAUCUUUAUUGUACAAUGAACCUUAAAACUCUUUUUUUACAUGAUAUGCACACUGGCGAUAAAUGAACCCUGUUUGCAAUAUAAGAAAAGGAGGCAGGUAAACAUGGUUAUCGACAUUGUCCUGAUAUUUCUGCUUGUCAGCUGUACGAAAUCUUAUGAAAACUUAGCUUUGAAUAAACCAGCAUGGCAACAAAGUGACUGGCCUGACAAGCCAGUAGAAUGGGGAGCAGCGAAGGCUGUAGACGGACAAUACACAGACCGUUCAGUCGGAGGCAAUCAGUGUACAGAAUCAGGUCCCAGUCAGUCAACAGCUGAGUGGAGAGUAGAUCUACAGAGUGUGGCCAGCAUAAGUUACAUCAACAUCUUCUACAGGACCGAUAAUACACCCAGUCCUGGUACUUACUACAAUCGCUUUGCUGGAUUUUUUGUUUACGUUUCCAAUACCACUAGAAGGCAAGACGGCCAUCUUUGUUUCCAUGAGUUACAACAAGUGAACGGUACACCGACAGAAAACCAGACAAUAAGCUGUCCUGUACAUGGACGUUAUGUUAUAUACUACAACGAACGAGGAAGACAGGGUGUUACAUAUCCAAGUUACUAUUCACGAUAUGCUUAUAACGAACUAUGUGAAUUAGAAGUUAUUGGAUGUUCUGAUCCACGGUUCUAUGGAGAAAAUUGUAAUCAGCCAUGUUCAGAGAACUGUCAGGAACAGAGAUGUAACAUCACAACAGGAGAAUGUCUGGGCUGUGUCCCGGGGUAUCAAGGGCCUAUGUGUAAUCAAGUAUGUGACAAUCAGAGGUACGGUCUGGAGUGUUCCUUUAUAUGUGGUAACUGUAUUGACGGGGUGACCUGUAACCAUGUCAACGGAACGUGCCUGAACGGAUGUGACGUAGGAGUGGAGGGAGAAAAAUGUCAGGCUGAAUGUACUGCGGGAUUUUAUGGAAAGAAUUGCGGCCAGAGAUGCAGCGAGAAUUGCUUUGUUACAAAUAGAUGUGACCGGUUUACAGGGGAGUGUAAGGAGAAAUGUAAACCAGGCUGGCAGACAUUAAGAUGUACACAGAAAUGUGAGGGAGGUACGUACGGUGUUGACUGCCGUCAGAUCUGUGGUCACUGUCUCAAUGGAGAAUAUUGUCACCACUUGAAUGGAACUUGUGGGGAAGGGUGUUCGGUUGGAUUUCAUGGUGCGACAUGUGUGACAGAAUGUUCUGCAGGAUACUUUGGUAUAAACUGCCAGGAAAACUGUAAGGCGUAUUGUGGCGGAAACAAAACAUGUGACGUCAUCACCGGUGUUUGUGACGAGGGCUGUAAAGAGGGGCUACAAGGACCUCUUUGUGGUGAAGGAUCUAUUUUUAGAAGAACUGUGUCCAACAGUUGUGAAUCCACUAUCACUAGUAUCAUUAUAAGCAUUGUCAUCUCUUUACUCCUUGUUCUGAGUGGAAGUAUUCUUAACUUUAUCAUAUGGAAGAGGAGAAAUGAUGGAACUGAAAAGCAAAACUCUUCAAGGACAAAGAUGAAGAACAUGGAUGCUACUGGACGUACAGGAAAAUUAACCUUUGGUGAAGGUGACGGAUCCAGUUAUACAGAAUUAGGCGUUCUAGAUAAACCAAACACAUACGAAGAACUUUCUCAUUAUACAGAGGCUGUUGAUAAAAUAUAAGAUGAUUUUCUGAAGUAGAGGUGCCCGAAGUUGGAAUGACAAUGUGACAUGGACAGCAAGGACACUUCUAUGUUUUUUUAACAUACUGCAACCGUGCAUGCAUAUUUAAAUUAGUUUAUUACGCAUUUUUAAAUGCUGAUCUUAUUUUGAGGUUUUAAAUUCAAAAUAGGACUUGCAGAAUUAAAAAAAAACA